AUGAAGGACAAAUCAUUUAUAGGGCUAGCAUAUUGCGGUCAUUUACGCACCAUUCGAAAUCAUCUGUCGUGUUUGGUGGAUUCGAAAGUAAUAAUAGAGGAAACAACCGGUCCGGUUAACGAGGAUUUCUGGAGAGAGUGCCGGAAUUUGAAAUCUGAGAAAAUGGAAAAAGAAUUCCUGUCGAGAACGUAUCGAUUUGGUAUCAACGGAAAUGAACCUUUCAUGCUUAGACGUAAGGUUUGGCCAUAUCUAUUAGGCCUAGUGAAUUGGACCCAAGAUUUCGAGCAGCUUAAGAAUACGUAUCGUGCGAAGUACUACAACGAUGUAGUAGAAUGGGAAAAAAUGGAGAAAAUUGUUCGUGAACGUGAUCAAGAAGCAUUCGUAGCCGCCCGACUUCGAUAUCAUACGUGUAACGCUGAAUCCAAUGUAUCAUUCCAAGGACCAUCCUUGAGCAAUGAAGUAUUUGAGGAAAGUAGCGAACUACCCAUAGGUCAGAAGGAUAACGAAGAGGAGGAUUUAAUGUCAAAAUUCAGUGCCAAUUUGCACCGAAUUGAGAAAGAUGUGGAACGUUGUGAUCGAAGUUCGGCUUAUUUCGCCAAAAAAGAAAAUUUGCAAAAGUUGAAAACAGUAAUGUGUACGUAUGUUUGGCGGAAUUUAAACGAAGGUUACACGCAGGGAAUGUGUGAUUUGGCUGCUCCAUUACUGGUCAUCCUCGAUGAUGAACCAUUGGUACUAGCAUGUUUUGAUCGGUUGAUGUUCCGAAUGAAGAAAAAUUUCCCGCAGAGAACUGGAAUGGACGAUAAUCUGGCUUAUAUGAAUUCUCUUCUACAGGUGAUGGAUCCAGAAUUUUUCGAAUAUAUAGCUGAAAAGGGAGAUGCAACACAUCUUUCUUUUACUUAUCGAUGGUUCUUGCUUGACUUCAAGAGAGAAUUCACCUAUCCAGAAGUAUUCCGUGUUUGGGAAGUAAUUUGGGCAGCAUCCUCAUUGGUCACCACUCAUUUCCAUUUAUUCUUUGCCUUGGCAAUGAUCAUCGCAUAUCGUCAUAUAAUUAUUGACAAUCGAAUGGAUUUCACUGAUGUUAUCAAAUUUUAUAACGAGAUGGCAGAAAGGCACAAUGUGGAGGAACUUUUGGAUUCAGCUCGCAGUCUUUUGCAACGUUUACAGGCAAUUAUUAUGGAACUGGAACCGGUCAAGAACUGA